AUGAGUGAACCAAUCCCUCGGGGCUAUCGGCCUCUCGCGCCUCGAACCCAGCUCUUAGGCGGAGGAGAUGGAGGUGCAAGCCCUGGUGGUGGGAGUGCACCAGAAGAGAAGCGCAUGAGACGGGCUUCGACGGCUUGUACCGAGUGUCAGAGACGCCGAACUAGGUGUACCGGCCCUCCAUACUGCACCGAAUGUUCAACCCACGCCCGUGAUUGUGUCUUCGACGAAGCCGCCGACAGACGGCGGAAAGCCUCGGCCAAAAGAACCCAAGACCAAUUGGAUCAUUUCCGGUCGUUCUUGGACGAUCUGAUCAAUCUGAUCCGAGAAAGUGAUGGUCAGACAGUGCAAUUGAUCGUGGACACCAUUCGGUCUGGAGCAGAUCCAAGGCAGAUUCGCGACACCCUCUCUCAAAUCUUGGAAAAUGACGUCGGUCAGCCGGGCUCCCUCAGCAAUCAAGGCCCCCACGACCCAAACCUCACUCUCAACUUCAACCCGAAUAACAACAAUAACACCAAUAACAUGGGCAGCUACUACGGCAACUCACCUCGUUGA